GAAAAAUAAAGAAGGGAGAAGGAGGGCUUAGUUUCUAUCCCUCAUCACAGGAAGUCUGCUUAGUUUAAAUCUAAUCUUUCUUGUGCGAACAACUUGUGUACAGCAGCAUGGUCAGCCGGGUGGAGCAUCCUGCUGCAGGAUACAAGAAGAUCUUUGAGACAGUGGAGGAGCUGAAUGAACCAAUAACUACACAAGUCACCGGUGUUAUCCCGUCAUGGCUGGGGGGCAGUCUUCUCAGGAUGGGUCCAGGUCUUUUCGAGGUUGGGGAUGAACCUUUUAACCACCUUUUUGAUGGACAGGCUCUCAUGCACAAGUUUGACCUGAAGAAUGGUCAGGUGACGUACUACAGGAGAUUCAUCAGAACGGAUGCGUACGUUCGAGCCAUGACAGAGAACAGAGUCGUCAUCACUGAGUUUGGCACCACAGCCUAUCCAGACCCCUGCAAAAACAUCUUCUCCAGGUUUUUUACUUACUUCAGAGGCAUUGAGGUGACUGAUAACUGUUUGGUGAACAUUUAUCCGAUUGGAGAAGACUUCUACGCUGUCACUGAAACCAAUUACAUCACCAAGGUUGAUCCUGAUUCCCUUGAGACGUUAAAGAAGGUGGAUCUAUGCAAAUACGUCUCAGUGAAUGGGGUGACGGCCCACCCACACAUUGAAGCAGAUGGUACAGUCUAUAAUGUCGGUAACUGCUUUGGCAAGAACAUGAGUCUGGCUUACAACAUUGUCAAGAUUCCACCUGCACAGAAAGAUAAGUCAGACCCCAUAGAGGAAUCCCAAGUUGUGGUUCAGCUACCGAGCAGUGAGCGGCUGAAACCCUCCUACAUGCACAGUUUUGGGAUGACAGAGAAUUAUUUUGUAUUUGUGGAGCAGCCGGUGAAGAUCAACCUGCUGAAGUUCCUGUCAGCUUGGAGCAUCAGAGGAGCCACGUACAUGGACUGCUUUGAAUCCAAUGACACUAUGGGGACAUGGUUCCACUUGGCCACGAAGAACCCAGCAGAGUAUAUGAGCAGCCACAAGUUCAGAACAUCAGCUUUCAACCUCUUUCAUCACAUCAACACCUAUGAAGACCAGGGAUUCGUCGUGGUGGACCUCUGCACGUGGAAGGGACAUGAAUUUGUGUAUAACUACCUGUACCUGGCCAAUUUGAAGGAGGAGUGGGAGGAGGUGAAGAGAGCAGCAAUGAGAGCUCCUCAGCCUGAAGUCCGACGAUACGUUCUGCCGCUGGACAUCCACAGAGAGGAGCAGGGCAAGAAUCUGGUGUCACUUCCCUACACCACAGCAACUGCUGUUCUUCACAGCGAUGGCACCAUCUGGCUUGAACCCGAAGUCCUGUUUUCUGGACCAAGACAGGCCUUUGAGUUUCCACAGAUCAACUACUCUCGGUGCUGCGGGAAGAAGUACUCCUUCGCCUAUGGCCUUGGACUGAACCAUUUCAUCCCUGACAGGAUCAUCAAGCUGAAUGUGCAGACCAAAGAGACCUGGGUGUGGCAGGAGGAAGAGUGUUACCCAUCAGAGCCGCUGUUUGUACCAACACCUGGAGCCACAGAGGAGGAUGAUGGUGUGUUGCUGAGCAUUGUGGUGAAACCAGGUGCAGAAAGACCAGGAUUCCUGCUGGUCUUGGACGCUACAAACCUAAAGGAGCUUGCCAGGGCCACGGUGAACAUCAUCAUCCCUGUCACUUUUCAUGGGAUGUACAAACCAUGAUCCCAAACCUAUCGUCCUAAACACUCCGGUCUCUUCCUGUUUCUUACGAGCUAAAGAAAUAGUUUGUAGCAAUAUAGCUGCUAAGAACCCGAGAGUAUAUUAUAAAAAUUUGAUUGAGUGGCUAAAUAAUAUGUUAAAAGUAGUUUCUAUAGCCCCCAGGUUAAUUGUAAUAAAAAGUUGACCACUAUCUUGCAGCUGGGGGUUAGAAGCAUCAAUGUGUACAAAAACAUGUUCUGUUUUAUAAACAAAAAGGCUUAGAACUGAAAUGACCAAAUACAAACUGUAUUUUGCUAAAUAUAUUUUAAACAGUUUUAUGCAAAUAAAA